UGACCUGACUGACUGAGUCGAGUCAUGAACUUGGGCCAUGCUUCUCCGUGCAUCGGUUUCCUGAAAGUAAGCCAAGGAGGCUGCACACCCACGCGCUGCUCCAGGCGCGUUUCUGAGUGCUGACGUGUGUGUAUGCAGCUCCAGACAAGUAGUUGUCCGUGUUUAUUAGGGGGUCUAACACUGUAUGAGAUGCUUGCUUGUAGCUCCGCAAACUGCAAGGCAGGUCUGCAAUGGUCAGGCUGGCUGGAUGUCUACAUCUGGUGAAAUGGUGUUGCGAGUGCCUAAGAUGCUGUGGGAGAAGAGACCCGAGGCCUCGCACUGUUUGGCUUGGCCACCCAGAAAAGAGAGACCAGAGGUACCCUCGCAAUGUGAUCAACAACCAGAAAUACAACUUUUUUACUUUCCUCCCUGGGGUGUUGUUUAACCAGUUCAAAUAUUUCUUCAAUCUCUAUUUCUUGCUUUUGGCCUGCUCUCAAUUUGUUGUUGAAAUGAGGCUUGGUGCACUUUACACAUACUGGGUUCCUCUGGGGUUCGUGCUCGCCGUCACUGUCAUCCGCGAGGCGACGGAGGAGAUCAGGUGCUACAUGCGCGACAAGGAAGUGAACUCGCAGAUCUACAGCAAGCUCACGGCGAGAGGCACCGUGAAGGUGAAGAGCUCUAACAUACAGGUGGGCGACCUCAUCAUCGUCGAAAAGAACCAGCGGGUCCCUGCUGACAUGAUCUUCCUGAGGACGUCGGAGAAGAAUGGAUCUUGUUUCCUUCGCACCGAUCAGCUGGAUGGUGAGACGGACUGGAAGCUGCGCCUGCCUGUGACCUGUACCCAGAGACUGCCAACUGCUUCUGACCUACUUCAAAUUCGAUCCUAUGUAUAUGCAGAAGAGCCCAAUAUUGAUAUACAUAAUUUUGUGGGGACCUUCACAAGGGAGGACAGUGACCCUCCAGUGAAUGAAAGUUUAAGCAUAGAAAACACCCUAUGGGCUAGCACAGUGAUCGCAUCAGGUACUGUCGUGGGAGUUGUUCUCUACACUGGAAGGGAACUGCGCAGUGUGAUGAAUACUUCAAACCCAAGAAGUAAGAUUGGUCUCUUUGACUUGGAAGUGAACUGUCUCACCAAGAUCCUGUUUGGGGCUCUUGUGGUAGUCUCGCUCGUCAUGGUGGCCCUUCAGCAUUUUGCCGGCCGCUGGUAUCUUCAAAUCAUAAGAUUUCUCCUUCUUUUCUCAAACAUCAUUCCAAUUAGUUUACGGGUGAAUCUGGACAUGGGGAAAAUUGUCUACAGCUGGGUGAUCCGCAGAGAUUCCAAAAUCCCUGGGACGGUCGUUCGGUCCAGCACUAUUCCAGAGCAGCUGGGGCGGAUAUCCUAUUUGCUAACAGACAAAACAGGAACCCUUACGCAGAAUGAGAUGGUUUUCAAAAGGCUUCACCUGGGCACUGUAGCCUAUGGUCUGGACUCCAUGGACGAAGUGCAGAGCCACAUAUUCAGUAUAUAUACACAGCAAUCUCAGGACCCACCCGCUCUGAAGGGCGUUACCUUAGCCACCAAGGUGCGAAAAACCAUGAGCAGCCGAGUGCACGAGGCAGUGAAGGCGAUCGCCCUGUGCCACAACGUCACACCAGUGUACGAGUCCAACGGCGUGACGGAUCAGGCCGAAGCCGAGAGACACUACGAGGAUUCCUGCAGGGUGUACCAGGCUUCCAGUCCCGAUGAGGUGGCCCUGGUCCAGUGGACUGAGAGUGUGGGCUUAACCCUGGUGGGCAGAGACCAAUCCUCCAUGCAGCUGAGGACACCGGGUGGCCAGAUACUGAACUUCACCAUCCUCCAGAUCUUCCCCUUCACUUACGAAAGCAAACGAAUGGGAAUAAUCGUUCGGGAUGAAUCAACAGGAGAGAUCACUUUCUACAUGAAGGGGGCUGAUGUGGUCAUGGCUGGCAUCGUGCAGUACAACGACUGGCUGGAAGAAGAGUGUGGUAACAUGGCUAGGGAAGGCCUGAGGGUUCUUGUUGUAGCCAAGAAGUCUCUCACUGAGGAGCAGUAUCAAGACUUUGAAGCUCGCUAUGUGCAGGCGAAGUUGAGCGUGCAUGAUCGCUCGCUGAAGGUGGCCACGGUGAUCGAGAGCCUGGAGAUGGAGAUGGAGCUGCUGUGUCUCACUGGAGUGGAGGAUCAGCUGCAGACGGACGUCCGACCUACUCUGGAGACGCUAAGAAACGCUGGCAUAAAGGUGUGGAUGCUGACAGGGGAUAAGUUGGAGACAGCCACGUGUACAGCAAAGAACGCACAUCUGGUGACAAGAACACAGGACAUCCAUAUAUUCAGACUAGUGACUAACCGUGGAGAGGCCCAUUUAGAGCUGAAUGCCUUCCGUCGGAAACAUGACUGCGCACUUGUUAUUUCUGGUGACUCACUGGAGGUGUGUCUGAAAUACUAUGAGUAUGAGUUCAUGGAGCUGGCUUGCCAGUGCCCUGCCGUGGUGUGCUGCAGAUGUGCCCCGACACAGAAGGCCCAGAUCGUGCGCUUGCUCCAGGAAAGAACUGGCAAACUCACCUGUGCAGUGGGUGAUGGAGGGAAUGAUGUCAGCAUGAUCCAGGAGGCUGACUGUGGUGUUGGAGUUGAGGGAAAGGAAGGAAAACAAGCAUCACUUGCAGCAGAUUUCUCUAUCACUCAGUUUAAACAUCUGGGCCGUUUACUGAUGGUGCAUGGAAGGAACAGUUACAAAAGGUCCGCAGCUCUCAGCCAGUUUGUAAUCCACAGGAGCUUGUGCAUCAGUACAAUGCAGGCCGUUUUCUCGUCAGUAUUUUAUUUUGCUUCAGUUCCUCUCUACCAGGGCUUUCUCAUCAUUGGGUACUCUACAAUUUACACAAUGUUUCCAGUGUUUUCUCUAGUCCUGGACAAGGAUGUUAAGUCUGAAGUUGCAAUGUUGUACCCAGAGCUCUACAAAGAUCUUCUUAAGGGUCGACCGUUAUCAUACAAAACGUUUUUGAUAUGGGUCUUGAUAAGCAUCUAUCAAGGUAGCAUCAUUAUGUAUGGAGCACUCCUUCUCUUUGAAUCGGAAUUUGUCCACAUCGUCGCCAUUUCCUUCACGUCCUUGAUCCUCACCGAGCUGCUGAUGGUGGCACUGACAAUCCAGACGUGGCAUUGGCUCAUGAUAGUGGCUGAGCUGCUUAGUCUCUCCUGCUACAUAGCUUCUCUCGUCUUCCUACAUGAGUUCAUUGAUGUUUACUUCAUUGCAACUCUGUCGUUCUUGUGGAAGGUCACCGUCAUCACCCUGGUGAGCUGCCUCCCCCUCUAUGUCUUGAAGUACCUGAGGCGAAGGUUUUCUCCCCCGAGCUAUUCAAAGCUCACGUCAUAGGGCCACUCUCCUUGCCCACCAGGGACAAAUAUUGCACAUGGCUGAGAGACAAAAAUCAUGUAGUUGUAACUGUACUGAAUACGUCUGGUAUUUGCGUAAGGAUCACUUGGUAAUCUCUGUUACAUGCUGCUUUAUUGAAAAAGACUUAACAACUGCCGUGAACAGAAACGUAAUGAUAAAUGGGAGUUUUCUGAGAGUGAAGGCUCUUGUUAGUUCAUCCAAUUUUUGUCACUUUUGUUCAACUUAAUUGGGGUAAAAUGCAUGCAACUGCAAUGAUGAUUGGUUUCUCACGUGUCAUGCAGAGUAUCUGAAAGCUGCUAACUGAUCUUGGAAUUUAUGUGAUGAAAAUUUUAAGUUGCUUUUCAAGUAUCUGUGAUGUUCCUUAUGUGGCGUUAUGUUGUUUUAUGUUAUUUAUCUUUUUCGAUUCAAGUAGGUACGUUCUUUCUUCAUGUUGGAAAGUCCUUACUGUAGGUGAUGCACUAUAUUGCUGACAGCCAAUUCCUGAUUUGUGCCAUGCCGUUCUCAUAACGGGGCUCCAGCAUGUCAGAUCUACACACAUCUGAGAAUCUAAGCAGGUUCAAGAUUUUUCUUCAGUUGAAUUGUGGUCAGUCUAGCGUUUUUGGUGGCAUCUAGCCAUUGAUAAAUACAGAUAAAUAUAACCCAAAGUGAAGAAAAUUCCACUUUGUUUAGCUUUUGUGCUUCCUGUUAAAAGGAGCUGGUGACAUAGUAGCUUUACUCUAUAUUUAUUUGUAUAGGAGAAAAUUAUCUAAAUUAAAAAUCCCUGCUGGAAAGAAGUUUGCAGCUGAUCAGCCUUAAAAUAUGUUGACAACGUGAGAAGCGACUCGUACGGCUCUGCAGACAAUGCGGCAGACAUGUCUCGAAUCCUUGGAGACUGCAAGGAAAGGUCACGGAGCUGCUGCUCCACACAGCUACACAAAAUCUGUUUCCUGUUAGGAUGAAAUAGUGAAGAUGAGCUGCAAAUAAGCUGAGGCACUUCUAGGUGGAUGUUGUUUGUGACACAGUCUCUGCAGAGAGGCAGUUUUUGAGAACUUGUUUGCUCUAAAAACCAAACUUAGAUCAGAGAGGCAGGCACGCAGGCUGUACCAUGGGUGCUAGGCCAGUGUGCAGAGCAAAUGACAUUUUGUUUAACCUUUAAAAAACUCUGAGUUUUGUUUUUAUCAUAAGCAUUGGCCCUUGUUAUAAACAAUACAUGCACAGACUACUCAGGAGAAUGAUGGUGGAUUAAAGGAACCUUGAAGGGUUGAACAUGGCUGAGCUUCUAGUCACCACCAGUCUCAUCUAAUGGCUGUUUAAUCUGUGAUAAAUUAGUUGCUUGCUGUCUCGUUCCCACAUCAUAAAACCCACCGUUGUACCUGGUUGGUAGGCUGUGUGGAGAGGCCAGGAGUGGUGGAUCCCAGCAGCCUGAACUCCCUUCUCUCUAAAGACCAGAUCAGGGAAACUGUGCUGGUAUGAGAAGCAGAAGCUCCUUGGCUUCUCUGUGCCAUACUGGACCUCCUUAAUGGAGCACCAACUUCAGUUGUCGUUGCUGCAAGCGUCCCACUGUUGCAAGCAGUGCAACACGGUGUAAAAAGCUCUGCUGUGAAAAUCAGGGUGGAAAAUGGGAGUGUUAUCUUAAAAGGAGAGCUGGAGUCUGUAUUGACCCAUAGUGGUACGUCUUGAAUUUUCAGAUCUAUGCAGGUGGUGUGUGGUAAGCACUUUGAGGAGCGUUUUGCACAACCUGGUCUGCCUUCCUUGCUCUAAAUUACCGUGAGUAAAUAUCAGUGAGGUGAAGCAAGUUCUAAAAGAUUUGGAGAAAAUGUGGAUGCGCUUCAUUAUGCGUGUGGCUUGGGGGAGAGGAAGGCGCAAGUCCAUAUGCCCAUGUCAUCUCAUGUGAGGGAAGCCCUCAGGGAGGGUAGACAGCUUCCCUAAAGAAACCUAGGGAAUAAAUAGCAGUGGGGUGCCUGGGACGGUGCUCUGGCAGGGUGGACCGAAGGCUGCUGUGUCCUUCUGCUGCCGCCUUUCUUCUCUGGAGCAAACCCGCCCUCCGUGAUGUAGAUCUGAUGUUCUUCUUCAGCCUCUGUCUCCUAAUAGCCACUUUGCUAGGAACCCUACUUCUCUGUCAUCCAAAAAGUCUCAGACUAUGGAUAUCCUGUUGGAUUUUUUUUUUAAUUACUUAUUUAUAGGAAACACACUGAACUGGGAAGACUGCAAAAUAGGCAGCUUCCCCCAUUCUCAUCGGGCACGGUUUUUUCAGUGGCCCUCCUGCAGAUCUAGAGAAAAAGCAGAAAGCACACGCAGUUCCUUCCUACCGUAUUUGUCUGUGCCCGUUUCUUCUCUUCCCUUUGCUUCUCUGUUUUUCCAGGGAAGGGAGUCAGUUGUACCAGUAUAGGUGAUGGGUACUACUGUGUCCCCUUUGGGAGUGGAAUUUGUGUUUUAGAUGGCAGUGUGGACUGAGAGCUGUAGUAGUCAAAAAAGGCUAGUUCCAGCGGUGUCCUCUCUGUGUGCUUAAUUUAGAAAGUUAUGUUUCAAAAUCCUUGAGGAAUAAGAACAGCAAACGCUUAGAUCUAAAACAAUGGCCUUUCUUUUGUGCUCUCGUCUGAUUAGGCUCUUCUGUGGGGUCCUAAUACUUAGCAACCACCUUUACAAACAACCUAGUGACUAACGAAACUUAGCUAAUUCUCGGUAUUCAUCUUUUCAGUAAGGGUUUUAAAAUUUGCCUUUCUUUCCUUCUCUUCUAAAUUUUUCCAAAACAAAAAUCCACCCCUUUUCCUUGUAUGUACAAAUUGAGAAAGGCCCUGCAAGUCCCAUAUUUUUAGGUAGUUUGUCUGACAGAAGAAAAGCAGUGCCUGAGGAGCCCUACUGUGGAAGAAUCGGGCUAUCAGCCUCUUGUGAAUUUUGCCACUUUGCCAAAAAGGUUCUAAUGUCGUCUUUGUCGUGGCUUGCUACGAUUCCUGGGUAGUGUCAGCCUUGCAGAUGCUCUGGAUUCCCCAACCGGUAUCUGAUUUAAGUAGAUUUAAAUAUAACAGUCAAUUUUUUUUUUUUGGCAACUUCUUGUGACUGACAAGUCAAGUCUCUCGUCCUUUGCUACUGUAUGUAAAUAUUUGAGAAGUAUAUAUGGUAGAAUUCACUGUUUCCUGAAGUCAAUACAGUUUACACGGAGUGGACCAUAUUUGCAAAAUACUAGCUUAUACCAAGAAAGGGAAUGAAUUGUGAUUUCAGUAAUAUUUAUUGAAUCAUAACCUGAAUAAGGAACUCAUAUUUAGUGGCAUUGAUAGUAAUCUGUAGCUGUGUUUUGGGGUGGGGAUUAUGUUUCUUUGCAGCUAGUUUUUUGCACAAGGUUGUAAAUCCAGGAAGCAAUUUCUCUCUGGGUACACAUUGCAUUUUUUUUAAAGCAAUCAGAAAAUUAAAACUGCCAUCUAACAAACAGCAGGAGUGAGAAAUGAUUGUUGUAUUUUUCAUGCUUAGCACUUUGUAAACUAUUUCCCUUAAAUUAUUUUAAAAAUGUUUUUAAAAGCAAAGUUUAAUGCAUAUGUUCAUACUACACGUUUGAAUAAAUGUAUUCUUUGCUGGAAAUUAAUUGCAUCUUUUUCCUCUAGUAUGCUCAUAACUCAUGCAGAACGAAGCAGGUUUCCUCUUCUAUGUAGUAUCUUGUUUGUUCGUAGAAUUUAUUUUGUGUUCUUGUUCCUUCAUUUCAACGCUCAGUGUACUGUAGCAGUUCAUAUAACUUGUGUGCUGCAGAUGAUGCCGUGGGCCAGCAGCAUACGUCGCCCUGUGGGUUCUUGCUCCCGCGGCUGCUUUAGGAUUGCAUCUGGCCAGUGCUGUGUUUCUUCUGUGGCUGGUUGACGCGUGGGCUUUGUGACAAACCCUGUCCUGCUCUUCUUCACUGCAGUAAUCCAAGGUGUGCUGUCACCCUCUUUAUUUUUUCUUUAACUCUUAUAUAUGUUUCCUCCCCUCUGUUGCUUACACCUUAACUGGAAAUGCCACCGAGCUUGUCCUGUUUGUGGUGUUUUUGCUCAGCUCGUGAUGCAAUUGCAAUGUGAUGCUCUUUAUUCAAGAGCAGCAGCCUAAAUCCGUGCAGUGUCUUAUCACCAUUGGUUUGGUGAGUGAUGAGUGACAUCCCUGAUGUCCCCUCAGUGUUGAGAAAUAUGUGCUGAGAGCUACAGCUGUGGCUGAACCAAACUGAGCAGCACCAAAUCCGUGGCUUUCCUGUGGUCUGCUGAACUAUCACAAUUAAAUGCCGUGACAAGCUCUUAUCCUCUGCAGCUCCUGGGGGAAACUUUGCUAUAGCUGGGCAGGGGUUGUCAAGGGCCCCAGCGAGUUAGAUGUGUGAAUCCCUGAAGCUUGUGUUUUGCUUUUCUUUUCUAAAAAGAGCUGCUCCACCAUCAGAUGCAUUAAUCCUUAGUUUGCACAUGCAAUGCUCUCAACCAGAUAGGCGAACUACUAAUUGCAUGCAGCUCACCGUCACGAGUCCUUCGCACACGGCUGUUCAGGUGGGAGUUGACUCAUCUCCACAGUUGCAUGGCUGAGGCCCAAUCCAUUUCCCACUGGAGUCUUCAGGGUGAGAUGGAUGGGCUAUUUUAUUUAUUUAUAAUUAUUGCAUAAUUAAUAGUCUUUGAUUUGCAUGAGAUCCUGGGUUCUACAGCUUUGCCAAAAUGGUCCAUUAUUACUGCCUACUACAACUUGUGUACUUCUAUGCCUUUGAAAAUAUUUUUAAUUGUUGAAAUUGUUUAAAAAUGUUAAUUUAAUUUAAUUUUUAAUUGGGGAAAUGGAUUCUGGUGUCAAAAUGAUAUUUACUGUGAUGCCAAUGUUUUGUACCUGUCGUCUAGUUGAACAACAUGUAAAUACUCUUGAUUCAAGAGAAAUAUGAAUGCCAAUUAUUUAUUGUUCUGUGGAGCUAUAUGUUGCAGAUAUGUAAGAACUUAAAAGGGAAUGUUGUAAAACAAGGUGAAAAAAUAAAUUUUAUGCAACUUC